UAAACCCAACAACAACAACAACAACAGCAUAAAUAUACCUAACAAUCUGAAGAACAUGGAUAACAAUACGAUUAAGGCCAACAAAUCGGCAUUCUCCAUUGAUAACAUUUUGGAGCAUAAAACACAAAUCAGUGAAGCCACAAAAAAACCACAAACUCAAACACAAACACAAUCCCAGUCGCAGUCGAGUCCUGGCCCAGGACCAGUCACAGCCUUCACACCCACAUCCUCAACCAGCCCAGCAUCCAUAUAUGAUCUGUCACGCGACGCAGUCGCCGCCCAAUAUGCGCUCAAGAAUCUGGAGCAGAGUGCGGGCACACUGUUGACGCCGACAACGAUGCGCUUCAGUCCCGUUUACUCAGAUCCCGCCUCGUUAUUCUAUCAGCAGAUGCUGAAUCUGCAGAAGAAUUCUUCCCACUUCAUGACACACUUUCAAGCCGCUGCCGUCGCAGCAGCAGCCGCAGCACAACCAGCUGCCUAUUGUGAUCAAUAUAGCCCGUUCCUGGAUUGCGAAGGCUUCAGCAAUCCGGCAACUGCCGCCGCCGCCCUCUACUGCAAUGCAGCCUAUCCCGCGGCCAGUUUCUAUAUGUCCAACUUUGGGGUGAAGCGGAAGGGGGGCCAAAUACGGUUCACAUCGCAGCAGACGAAAAAUCUCGAGAAUCGUUUCUCCAGCUCGAAAUAUCUGUCGCCGGAGGAGCGUCGCCAUUUGGCGCUGCAGCUGAAGCUGACGGAUCGCCAGGUGAAGACCUGGUUCCAGAAUCGUCGCGCCAAAUGGCGGCGCGCCAACCAAACCAAGCGCAGCGCCAAUGCAAAUGCCUCCGUUGCUGCCACUGCCACAGCUGCCACGCCCAGUUCGAAUAGCAGCAGCAGCAGCUCCGCCUACGCACAGUCGGCAGCCAGCCGGAAUGUGCAGCAGACGCAGAGCGAUGAUGAGGAUCGCAUGUAUCUGUCCGAGGAUGAGGAAGAUGAUGACGACGAGGAGGAGGAUGUCCAGGUGGAGCCGGAGCAGACUUGCAAACCCGUCAUAAGCUAA